AUGGGAGAUGACUACAUGCUGCUCGACUUCACCGAAGAUGACUAUCGCCAGCCAACGUCAGUUCGUGAUCUUGUAUCCAAUAAAACUGACCGGACCUGCCCUAACGCCUGUUGGCGACCCAAUAUAUGCGCAAACGAUUCAAAUUCAGUCCACCUAUGUCGACCAAUACACGACCCCUCAGCCAGCGAGGGCCUACACUCGGCAAGGAAAAAUAGAUUUGGUGAAAUCUACUCUGCUGGCUACGAGUGCAUUUGUCGUGCGGGCUUCAGAUUUAGUCAAAGGCGUAAAAAGUGCGUACAACUUAAAGUCACCUGUAAUGAUAAAAGAUAUGGGAAGACACCAUGUCGAAACAACGGUAUCUGCCUUCCUUUAUCGGUCAAAGAACGAAUCAUUCCAACCAUCACCUUCCAGUGCACUUGUCCACCAGCGUGGCAGGGCUACGUUUGCCAGGCCCCUAGAAACCCAUGUCAGUACAACAGAGGCCUGUGCGGAGCCUUUCCUUGUCAGCGAGAUCCCAUGAACGAGGUGCUCGGCUACACGUGUGUCUGCUCAAGGGGCUACGAACAUGCCAGCCAGGCGGAUCCGAAGUGCGUCAACAUCAACGAAUGCCAGGAUGACAAUACCAACCCCUGUCACAAUGGGGGCAAGUGCCACGACCUCACACCACCACCGAUGAUGCAGCCGAAGCCCGGCGAAGAACUACGAUUCCGAUGUGAGUGCAAAUUUGGCUUUAAGGGAACCCUCUGCGAGGAGCCGCCACCACCGCCGGCCUGGUCAGAAUGGGGCGACUGGAGCGCCUGUUCCGUGUCCUGCGGCAUGGGGAUUCGAACCCGGACCCGAGUCUGCCCUCGACCGGGCGAAUGUCCGGGCAAACCCGAACAGACGGGAGUUUGUGGGGGACGGGUGCUCUCCUGCGAGAAGGCCAAAAAUACGACAAGCGACACCGGGAAAACUGGCGUCGCCUGCGUCUCUGAGGAAGAGCUACUACGAGAGGCGAGUGUCCUCUGGACAGAAGAGGACGAUUUGACAUUGGAAGACGCAUUCACAUGGUCCGAGCAGCAAUAUGAAGUGAAGCGGUCCGCCGCGAAUUUUUACCGAAAUCAGAGCUUGACCAGUCAAAUCGGAGAUCUUACGCGUUGGAUUCCCAUUUUUGGGUUAUCUCAACGAAUGACCAUGAGAAGAGUGGCUGCUAUCACUGGCUCACUCGCUGUGGCCUCACUCAGUCUCUUCAUUCUACUUCUUGUCAUCAACCAUUACCAAAUAAGUGCUCGUACGCAGAGAAGACUCUAA